CAAGGAAUAAAGAGAAAUAACGAAAAUUGAAAGAAAAAAAAAAAACAAAGGACGAGAGAAUUCGUGGAAAAGCCACCGGCAACGAGAUCUAGCACUGACCCAUAGUGCGGUGUGGAGAAGGAGAAGGACGAAAGAAGCAAGGAGCUUCAUAAAACCCUAGAGAUCUUUCGUUCUUCAUUUUAGAAAAACGAGACGUUGAAGAAAGAGCAACGCCUUCGAAGAUGAACAUUUUCAGAUUAGCAGGUGACAUGACUCACCUGGCCAGUGUUCUGGUCUUGCUUCUCAAGAUCCACACCAUCAAAUCCUGCGCCGGUGUUUCUUUGAAGACUCAAGAACUCUAUGCCAUUGUCUUUGCUACUCGUUAUCUGGAUAUUUUCACGAGCUUCGUCUCUGUCUACAACACCUUCAUGAAGUUGGUGUUCUUGGCAAGUUCCUUUUCGAUUGUUUGGUACAUGAGAUAUCACAAGGCCGUCCACAGGACUUACGACAGAGAGCAAGAUACGUUUCGCCAUUGGUUCCUUGUGCUUCCAUGCUUACUCUUGGCUCUUAUCAUACACGAAAAAUUUACCUUUCUUGAGGUUCUAUGGACGUUUUCAUUGUACUUGGAGGCUGUUGCCAUAUUACCUCAGCUUGUCUUGCUGCAGAGGACUAGAAAUAUCGACAACUUGACCGGGCAAUACAUAUUUCUCCUUGGAGGCUACCGUGGAUUGUACAUCCUCAACUGGAUCUACCGUUACUUCACUGAACCGCACUUUGUUCAUUGGAUAACAUGGAUCGCUGGGCUUGUUCAAACAUUACUCUAUGCUGACUUCUUCUACUAUUAUUUCCUGAGCUGGAAGAACAACAAAAAGCUUCAGUUGCCAGCUUAAUUUUCUAAAUUUUCGGUUCUCGGAAAACCCCUACGGAUUCAGUUUGGUGGUGGACGGAAUAUUCCUCCGGGAUGUUUACCAGUUUUUACUCCGUCGGUGGUUAAUAUAGGAGACGAGCAUUAGAUUUGUAAACUCCAGCGAUCUAACUUAUUACAUGUUUUUUCGGACUGUCAUGUUUCAGCUUUUUGCUCGAGUUAGAGUUACUAAAAUAUUUAAGAGGACUGUGAAAUAUCUCUAUCACAACGAGAAGAUGUGAGCUAAAAUCGGAAAUAAAGAACAAAUUUAGUUUAGAUUUUCGAAAUUAUAGUCUAAUAUUUUGU